UAUAAUCUGUGGAUAAAUAAUGUGAUUUGUGAUUGUGGAUGUGAAGUACGUAACUUGCAUAAGAUUUAAGUUGUAUUUAAAACGUUCAAAGCAACAAAAUGACUAUUUUGCUUUCAGUUUUGAUAUUGAAAUUUGCUUAGCCGAAGUGGAGUAACAAAUGUAACAGUGAUUAUGCUCAUUUUGUUGGUAAUAUAAUUCGUUAUCUGUACCAGUAAUUUAUUUGCAAGAGUAAUAUUAUUUGCAAUGGACGAACGAAGAGUAGCUGAUUAUUUUGUAGUGGCUGGAUUGCCUGAGCAACCAGAAGUACUAGAUGAUUCUGACUCUGGUCAUCUAAAGGGAUACAGUACAAAGCCUCCAAUUACUGACAUAGGCGUUAUAUUCCCAGAUCUAGGAGAAACGGUGCCAAAUGGGUAUGAGAUGUUAGAACUGACUCCGACGGGGCUACCUGCAGAUCUGAACCAUGGCUCUAUGCGAUCACCGGAAUGCUUCCUAUGUUUGAGGAGGGGUCGAGACAGGCCGCCCCUUGUGGAUAUAGGCGUAAUGUACGAUGGGAGAGAGAGACUGAUGGCAGAUGCUGAGAUGGUUCUGGUAUCCGUCGGGGGUCGACUCGCCAAUGUAAACAAUUCUACCGCGAAAACAUUCAUAACGUACAGACGCGCUCAUCCCACUGCGCCUUGCAACGCGCUCGUCGUCGUCGAUGUUUGUGUCAUAGUGGCCAGCAGGGGGGAGACGCCGCCUCAUGCCUUUUGUAUGAUAGCCAAGAAUCUUAAUAAAGGUUUAAUGGGAAGUGAUGUAUUCCUUUGCUACAAGAAGUCAAUGAACCGUCCGCCGCUAAUAGCCUACAAACCAGAAGUACUAUUUAGGUAUCCAACAGUCGAUCGACGUAGCUUAGUUUUUCCGACGUCCGUGCCUCUAUUCUGUUUGCCAAUGGGCGCUACGUUGGAACUGUGGCCGAACAAUGCAGCGUCACCGAAGCCAGUGUUUUCUACCUUCGUGCUGACAGUAGCCGAUGCCACUGAUAAGGUGUAUGGGUCGGCGGUGACGUUCUACGAGAGCUACUCGCACACGCAGCUGAGCGAGUCGCAGGCGGAGCAGCUGGGCUGGCGCGCGGGCGUCUCGCACGGCACGCACGCGCUGCACGCCAACAAGUGCAUCUGCCUGCUUUCGCGCUGGCCCUUCAGCGACACCUUCGAGCGCUGGCUGCUCUACAUACUGGAAAUGUCAUGGAGUAAGGAACCCUUAAAUAUACCGAUCGAACGUUAUAUAACACAUUUGUUAGAAGAAGUGCCCUUCCCCGAACCGAGGAUAUUAUUGCAGCUGUCACCGACGAACCCCCACGACCGGGUCAUCGUGACGUGCCGUGAGGACCAGCCUCUGGUUCGCAGCGGGGCCGGCUUCAGACAGCUGCUGCUGAAUCUUGGACCUGACAACUGCCUCCUGCUGCUCGCACUGGCCAUCACCGAGCAGAAGAUACUUAUACAUUCAUUGAGGCCAGACACAUUGACUGCCGUAUCGGAAGCAGUUUCAAGUCUCCUGUUUCCAUUUAAAUGGCAGUGUCCAUACAUACCUCUUUGCCCUUUAGGCCUAGCGGAAGUACUUCAUGCUCCGUUGCCGUAUCUUAUAGGCGUGGAUUCGAGGUUCUUUGACCUUUACGAGCCACCACCGGAUGUCACUUGCGUCGAUCUCGACACUAAUAAUAUUACUAUAUGUGAGUCCCAACGACAUAUAUCGUUGAAAAUUCUACCGAAACGACAAGCGAGAACGCUUCGCCAGACACUUGAACAGUUAUUCUCCAACAUACGACCAGCCUCGCCUGUCCAUUCAUCGAACGAUAGUAAAUAUAAUGGAGAACCUACAACGAGCUUAGAUCGCGAUUUUCAGAAAAGAAAGAAAGAGCAAGCUUUAGAACUGAAGAUCCAGGAAGCGUUUCUACGGUUCAUGGCGGUGACUCUACAGGGUUACCGCAGCUACCUAAUACCGAUCACCAAAGCACCCACCGUUGGUACCACCGAUCCACACGCCUUAUUCCACAUGGACGCAUUCUUGAGAUCCAGAGAUAAGACCUACCAGCGGUUCUACGCGCUCAUAAUGCGCACGCAGAUGUUCACGCGCUUCAUCGAGGAGCGCUCGUUCGUGUGCGACGUGGACCAGGGCCUCACGUUCUUCGACGAGUGCACGGAGCGCGUGGGCGCCGUCGACGAGCCGCUGCUCGGCCUCGACGCCGCCAACGCCUCCGAGCGCACCGUGUUCGUGCUGCCGCCCGACCCGCCCGACCCCGAGGGGCAGUACUCGUACGAGAAGCUGGUGCUGGACGAGCGGCUGGCCACGCGCGGGCGCGAGGGCCGCUCGCUGCGCGCCGCGCCGCCCGCCGCGCUCGCGUCCGCCGAGUCGCUGGCCGACGCCUCGCCCAUGGCGCGCCGCACCAAGAACGAGAUCGUCGCCGCGCAGCGUUUGGCACGUAAAGCUAGUCUCUCGCCCGAAGCGUGGGCGAAAUGUCUCCUGGGCGCAUGUUAUUCGCUUUAUUUCCUGGCGCUACCGUGUCGCCUCAUACUGUGCCGGGGAAAGGAACACGCCACGCUUCGCAGCGCGUACGAGCUGUUGGAACGUGCAACUAAACUGAGAGUGCCUUGCGAUGAGGUAUGCUACAGAGUAAUGAUGCAGCUAUGCGGUAUUCACUCCUUGCCAGUACUCGCUGUACAAUUGCUGUUUCUGAUGAAGAGAGCUGGACUACAACCCAACGCCCUCACAUACGGUUACUACAACCGGUGCGUGCUCGAAGCAGAGUGGCCGCAAGAUAUGCCAAGCGGCUCGCAGUUGCUGUGGAACAAGCUGCGCGUGGCGGUGCUGGGCGCCGCGCUGUUCCGGCAGGCCGGCGCGCAGCGGGCCGCGCGCGCCGCGCUCUGCGGCUCGGGUACUCUACCACGAGUACGUACUGUGGGCGGCGAGGGUGCGGAUUUAUCGGCGUUGGCGUUAGCCGAACCCACUCGUAGCAGGUCUAGUCUCGAUUCUGCGGGCGAGGCGAGCGGCGCGGGGGCGAGCGCGUUCGAGGCGCUCGUGCGGCGCGGGAACAUCGUGCGCGCCGCCACCGCGCACCCGCGACACCACCAGCUGUCCGCGCACGCCGGCAUCCUCAUCUCCGGUCUGCCGUCCGACCCCGAUCUGACGAGGGCGACGAGGCCCAGAAGUAACUCGUUAGGAAACGAGGAGACCGAACAGACGUUGUCGAUUGCUGAGAAGAGACAGACGAUCCACGUAAGUCCAGAUAGUCCGUCCGAUUUACGUAUUCUCACACGAUCCGAGAGUUUCGCAGGAGAUGCGCAAAUAGUUCAGAACUUACAGAGGCUAUCAUUCUCUAGUGGUACGUCAAAUCCUAAGUCCCGCUGUUCAAGAACGCUAAGCUUUCCUGAGGAACCAGAGAAAGAAGCGGCUGCUACUGAUCCUUUGGAGACGACAAAAUCAUCACCCCUUAAACUGUCCCCGCGCACGCCGGUGCUGGCGGACGACCCGCUGGGCGCGCUGAGCGCGUGCGCGGCGCCGCCCCCCCGCGCGCCCGCGCCCGAGCCCGCGCCGCCGCCGCGACACGACCUCAGCGUCAGCCCCAAGCUGUUCCACCGCCGCAGCGGCUCCUUCCAGGAGGACACCGCGCCCCUGACUGGGAAACUGCACAGGAGCGAGACAGCGCCCGCCACCGUGUCGUCCGGCCUGGCCAGCAUCGGGAACACGCUCAAGAUCAGCUUCGGACGCUUUUCGCCUGCAAGACUGUCGUUGCGCAAGGAAAACAUGAAUAUCGGCAAAGCAAUGAUCGAGAACUACCUCAGCCCAACAAGUAUAGCGGGGAAGAAGUCAAACGAGCUACUUCAGAGCGGUCUCAGUAGUCUCAAGUCUGCGGCGACCAGUAUGGCGAAGAAAUUUGACGAGAUGAAAGAGGUUAUAUCAGCGAACUCCACUCCGGUUAAAGGCGCUAUCGGCAACGCAACGAGCGCCCUGACCAGUUUCAUGACGGAGGAAGAUUCAGCGGACGGGUCUUCUGAGUUGAAUCCGGAUGAGUUUACCUUGGGGUCCGGCUUCCGUCGCGCGUCGAGUGACGCAGAGCUGGCGUGCAGUAUGGAGCGCGGCUCGCUGGCCACGCUGCUGGCGCACUUGCCCGACAAUCUCUACCCGUCCGCCCAGGACAACUCAAAGUUAGAUAACCCAUCAAUAGAAGUCCACAUAACGUCGUGUUCACAAUGCCACCAGUGCCUCGCAUUUCUCUACGACGAAGACAUCAUGGCGGGCUGGGCGGCCGACGACUCUAAUCUCAACACGCGUUGUACUGCUUGUGGACGACAUACUGUACCUCUUCUAUCAAUACAAGUAAUUCGAAUAGGGCAAACGCAAGCAGAAACAUUAAGCGUGCCUUAUUUAAAUCCAUUGGUUCUGAGGAAAGAAUUUGAAUCUAUAUUAGGUAGGGAAGGCGAUUCUUGUUUGGCCGAACCGGAGUUCGUAGAAUCGCAUCCUAUAGUUUAUUGGAAUUUAGUUUGGUUCUUAGAACGCGCCAAUAUUGAGAAUCACCUCCCCGAUUUGUUAAGUCCCGAUUACUCUGCGAAGUAUCAAAGUUCUGAUCCCCUGCCGGAUUUAGAAAAACCUGUUGGCGUGGCGGUGGUGUGCUCGUGGGAGGGCGAGGGCGAGGCGCCGGCGCUGCACCGCGCGUGGCGCGGCCGCCUGCAGCCGCGCUCGCGCACGCUGCGCGCCCUGCUGCUCACCGACCACGACUGCACCAAGCACUACUCAGUCGUACUGGCAGUGUUGGACGGUCUCUUGAGUAAUGAUCUCUCGGACGCGAUCAGAAAAUUGGCCUCAUGGAGAGAAUCCACUUGCGGAAAUAAACGCUACUAUUCGUACUACAGGGAUAUCCUCUUCCUGGCAAUGGCGGCUCUGGGUGAACAGAAUAUUGACUUCGUAGCUUUGCAGAACGAGUACACUCGCGCCCUCGACCAACUCGGCACUGAAGCCAGGCCCCAGGACUUACCGCCUUCACCGACGGCCAUAUGCUGCAGGCAUUACUUUAAGAGAUUGCGUUUGACUGUACAUGAAUAAUAAUUCGGAAAAGAAAUAAAAGUACGAACAGAAUUUUAUUCAAAUGUCGCGAACAAAUGCAUUCUUAUUGAAUAUUUUAGAAGUUAGAUAUUGAUUAUGACAUUCUGUAAAUUUAAACGUGAUUAGAAUUUUAUUCUGUGCGGUCCAAGUAUCAAUACGCCUUAUUAGUUUCAUUUUAUGGUUGUAAACGUACAAGGUUUAAAAUGAAUGCGUAACGCUUACGUUUUAUUUCUUAAUUGUUCAUUAAAAUAAAGAAAUGGUUACAAUUUAUGAUCACAUAUCAUCAUGAUAUAUUGAGAUGUUUUGUCUUAAUCAACAGUAGAAACCAUCCCAAAUGUUUGUUUUUUUAAUCUGCGAUUCAGAAUUGAGACUAGUUAUCAGAAAAAAAAAGAUUCUUUACAUUAGGUCACAAAGACCAUUACCGCGUUCAUUAAACUGUAACAUAUAAUAUAUUAAUAAUUAUUAUUAAUCGACGUGUACAUAAAUAUGGCAAAUUAGUUUUCGAAAUGAAAUUCUAACUAUGAGUACGUAAUUAAACAUUUUAUUCGAGUAUUACAUAACAGUACGUGCGUUCGCCGUCCAGUAUUUUUAAGUUCCAGCUUGUAACUGCAUGAUGCUUACUUUAUAAAAAUGUUCUAGAAAGCUCCCGUCCUUUCUGGGGAUCAAUAUGGCGUUAACGGUUAGUCCUAGAACAGGUCGAAGACUGUUAAACUAAUCUUCGUGUGAAGUACAUCAAAACUGCUAAUAAAGUUGACGUAAAUUAAUUAACUGGUUGUUUACGGUGUAGUUAUCUAAGAAUUAUUGCCCCAAUUAUUCAUUUUAAAUAUUAAACGAGGACUCAUUUGAAGAAAUCUCAAUCACUUAUACAAAAUUGCAAAACUUAUAAUUAUUUAAAAAUCUAAAGUCUAAUUUAAUUCAAAAUAAAAUUAUUAUUGUUUAUACAUUUUGAGUAUUAUUUAACGGGACAUGUUAUAGAUGUAUUAAAUAUUUUCCCGAAUUGAAAAGAUUAUAAUGUUUUAUUUUUAUCGUAAUCACGUGUUUAAAUCACAAAUAACACCCCGCACUAGUGAAGUCAUGUCGAAAGUGUUGUGUUGAAAACUAAUUAAAUUUAUUAUUAGAUUUUAUGUAUAUAUAAUGCUACUGGAUUUAAAAGGUUUUGUUUUCGGCAUAUAUAUUAGUAUAGGAUUGCGGGUGCUAAUGCAAAAUAAUUUGGAAUCGUUAUUAUAUAAUUAAAUGAAUGUACAUACAUAUUAUAUAUUAAAAAAAUAAGAAUAAAAAUUAAAAGAUCAUGACAUAGUUUACCCGACUAUUUGAUGAAGUGGUUGUUACACAAUUGUUUGCAAAUAUUUGUCUAAGCAUAUUAUUAUUUACACUAGAUUUUUUAUUUUGUCGCAGUUUUUUUCAUUCCAAAAAUGCACUGUUUUGUAUAGAGUUGUGCUAAUAAGUAUUACUUGUCGUAUUAGCUUCAAAUAGAAAUAUUUUAGUCACUUUAAAUGUGACUGCCAAAUUAUAAGUAUUUGAUACGUGUCAAAGUAUACGGUUAUGUAAUUUUAUUGUUAAAGCAAUUGUGUGUAAACUACCCACAA